GGCGGCGGCGGCGGAACGGGCGGAGGCUGCGGGUUUCGUAACCGUCGCUCCUCCUCGCUGACUCGCGGGCUGCGAGGCCUGGGUCCGUCGCGCCGCGCCGCGCGGGGCCGGUCGGAGUGGAGGCCGCCUGGGGGCGGGCGGGCUGGAGGCACAAGUGCAUAUGAAGAUUUCUUGGCAGCUUAGUGUGGAAACCAUUGAUCACCUUGCCCUCAUUUCUGCCUGUUCUGUGUCAGCAAGAGACAGCGCCCAAAUGAGCAAGAUAGCCCAGCAGAAUAGUGCUCCGGGAAUAAGUGUUAUUCAUACUCCAGCUCCUGCCGGCGGCUUACAGCAGGUUCCUCAGCUGGUGCCUGCUGGCCCCGGGGGAGGCGGCAAGGCUGUGGCCCCAAGCAAGCAAAGCAAAAAGAGCUCACCCAUGGAUCGCAACAGCGGUGAGUAUCGUCAGCGCAGAGAGAGGAACAACAUGGCUGUGAAAAAGAGCCGGUUGAAAAGCAAGCAGAAAGCACAGGACACGCUGCAGAGAGAGAACCAGCUCAAAGAAGACAAUGAACGGUUGGAAGCAAAAAUUAAAUUGCUGACUAAGGAAUUAAGCGUAUUGAAAGAUUUGUUUCUUGAGCACGCACACAACCUUGCGGAUAAUGUGCCACCCGCUAGCACUGAGAAUACGACUUCUGACAACGCAGGGCAGUAG